GAAACUAACACUACGUCCAUAAAGUAAGAAAGCUACACAAUCCAUCUAUUCUGUGAGGAACGAACCAUGAAAGCAAUAUCCCUGAUGAUUGUUCUUCUCCCUCUAAUAAUGUUUCCACCGUCAUCACAAUGUGUGAGAAGGAUGGAGUGCCCUAGAGUAGUAGGGGACAUAGGGCAGUGCCUGUGGUACUUGAGGAGCAUCCCUUAUAUAACAUUUCCGUCACAACAAUGUUGCGACGGACUUAGAAAUCUUGAAAGUGGUUUACAUAGCGUGCAGGAUAGAAGAGAUGCUUGUAACUGCGUUAGGGCCGUAUCAAUGAUCAUAGCCCCAUUUCCAACCAACGCUAGGGAACUCCCAAUUCGAUGUGGGGUCCAACUUCCCUUCCCCUUUUCCACUGCCUUCGACUGCUCCAGGAUUGGAUGAUUCAGAGCCGAAUUUCGUUCUUCGGUGCAGCAAGAAUGAAGAGAAAAUAAUACUGUUUACGAAUAUUUAUCAAUAGACAUAGAAGUAUAUAAUCUAAUAAAGUAUAAAAAAAAAUCUAAUGGAAUCGUCUAGUGCUUUGUUGAUUCCUGGAGUUCAAAUGAAUAUCCUAGUGAGAUUUAAAUAAAUAUUAGGAACCUAUCGUUCCUUUUUCUUCUUUUUUUUUUCUUUUCUAUUUUAUCCUUUUCUUAUAUAUAUUGGUA